UGAAGUUUUCGCUGCGGUCCGAAUUUGACAAGUGGGGGUGGGUGAUUGAGAUUUUGCUACAGAGACAGCUGGGGACGUUUGUAGCCGAGAAUUUCUCGGACUCCAGUCUUUUACGCGAGCGGAUGAAGUUUUAUCAGGUGCAGAGCGACAUCACUGUGCGUCGGGCGGAGGUGUUUGACUACUCGGCCAGUGUUCCUCGGGGCAACUACUUGAAAAUGGUGGAUGUGCUUGUUUUCGACGACCGCACCGUGGAGUGCUGUCUGGUCGACACUAGCAAGAUACACAGCACGCUGCUGAUCGAGGACCGGGAGACGGCGGAGCAGGUGCUGUUGGCAGACCGCGAGAACCGCAUUUCUGCGGCGAUCUGCAUGAUUCCCGGCGGUGCUCUGCGGAUAUCCAAGAGGAACAACCGGUUGCAGACGGACCCGAUCAGCGCGUUCAAAAACCGCGGCUGGCUGAGUUUGCACAGGACGGGGGACGCAGAGAACCCUACUUCGCAGCUGGACCGGCAGCUGAAGGAGACGAGCGAGCGGCUGCGCGAGGCCGAGGCGCGGUGGCGCGAGAGCGAGAAGAAGCUGGACGGCGAGGUGGGCGCAGCGAAAAGCGAGAUCCAGGAACUCAGGCAGCGCGCGAUGGUGUUGACCAAGUCGCUGUCAAAGAUCGAGAACAAGCUGGAGGAUUUGCAGCGGGGCACGGGCAAGUUGGAGUCGCACCUGGAGGACCACAAGAACCUGAGCGCGCAGAUCCAGCUGAACGUGGAGCGGAUCAAGACACGCAAGGCCGAAAUCGAGACGUUGGUGCAGGAGUACCGGCAGGGACGCGACAAAUUUACGGCGUGCGGCAACGAAAUCAAGCGCAUCCAGCGCGACAAGGCCGAGCUAAACGCGCAGAUCGAGGAGCUCCGAGACAAGAUCGGCGAGGCGCGCGACGCCGUGCGCAGCCACCAGAUGAAGAUCGGCAAGUUCCGCGCAGACGUGAACAAGCUGGACGACUUUGUGCAUGUGCAGCUACCGCCUGUGAUCGAGACUCUGGCACGCCGUGCUGAGUCGCACUGCUCGCGCGAGGAGGCCGCGUUGACACCGGAAGACACGAUCGAGAAGGUGGACUCGCAGAUCGAGGCGAUCGCCAACACGCUGUCGAAGAUUGAGCGCGACGUUGGAGUGAGCAGAGACCAGGCGAAGCUGGACGUGAUUCGGGCGCACGACGUGUACAGCGACGUGAAAAACAAGUACCAGGACUCGGUGAAACUGCACAACCACCUCGCGUCGUCGUUGCAGGCGCGGCUCGACAAUCUCACCGCGACGGCCAGCCUGCUGAUCCAGGAGGUGAACAGCGUCUUUGAGUCUGCCUUGCGGCUGCGCGGCUUCACGGGUAAAAUUGACUUCGACUUUGCCAAGGCUCGGCUCGUGCUCAAGGUGUCGACAAAACCGUCCGAGAAGCUGCGGAAUGUGGAGUCGUUUUCGGGCGGCGAGAAGUCAUUUGCGCAGAUCGCGUUUUUGCUGGCGAUCUGGAAGCCGAUGCAGUCCAAAGUGCGUGGCCUGGACGAGUUUGACGUUUUCAUGGACCAGGUCAACCGUCGACUCGCGCUCAAGCUGAUUCUGCAGAAAGUCGCCGACAACCCCAAGACACAGACAAUUUUCAUCACGCCGCUGCAGAUCUCGCAGGUCGACGGCCUCGACCACCCCUCCGUCCACAUCCACGAAAUCUCUCCUCCAGAAAGAGUUACCCGGGCAUAAUAGUUUUCCAAAUCAAAUGCUCGAGGUCGUUAACGAGACCCUGAGAGAUUUGCACCACACGGUGCUUGUGGCCCUUCUGCGGCUGCCUCUCUGGGCAUGUGUGCUUAUCUAUGGCUACGUGCUGUUUUCUGUUUUGCGCUUUGUGUCCAGGUUCUCUUUUAUCAACGUGGUGCGAACUAUAGAGCCGCAGCAAUCGAUCUCUUUCCCUAGUGCACGCGGCACUGUCACGUUUGCCGAGCUUGUUCGCCGCAUGCCGGAGUUUCGCACUGGUGCCUGGGCGGUGAUGAACCCGCUGCUGUGCCACGGCCACCUGCAAACCAUGUUUGCGGGCCUCCGAAGCUUCAGGUUCGCCGAUCGGCUCUAUUUCGGCAGAGAAACGCUGUACCUGCCUGACGGCGCGCAGGUGUCGCUCGACAGGGUUAUUCCGAAAGCCCAGUUUGCCAAAGAGGCCGCCGCAGACGGCCAAUUGCCCGACUUCACCAGACGGCUCACUGCUGCAGAGUUGCAAGAGUUCGCUGAUUCGUCCAAGCCAAUUUUCCUCGUACUGCACGGGCUGUCGGGCUCGUCGUCCGAGUCCUACAUCCGGUGUCUUUUUGCGCGAAUGCCCGACUUCGAAUGCAUGGUGCUGAACAGCCGUGGCUGCGGCAAGACGCCGCUCACCACGCCGGUGCUGUUUAAUGGUUUCUGGACGUACGACCUCAAACACACGGUGCUGCGGCUGCGCAAGGCGUUCCCUAAACGGCCGAUCUACGCGGCAGGCUUCUCGCUCGGCGGCAGCAUCCUUGCCAACUACGUCGGUCAGACAGGCGAAGAAUCCGGGCUUGAUCUCGCCGUGGUGGUCGCCAACCCGUGGGACCUCAACCACUCGAGCUUCGUGUUUGAAAAGGACUUCAUCUCGGACAAGAUCUACUCGCCCAUCAUGACGGUGCCUCUCAAACAGAUGAUUAAGAGCCACUACAAGAAACUGAGCGAAAACCCGGAUUUCGAGCCGAUAUACAAAGAGCAUUUCCGCCACGUGAACAGCAUCAAGUCGUUCGACAACGCGUUCACGUCGCGGCUGUUCGGUUUCAACUGUGCUUCCGAGUACUACCGCAGCGGCUCCUCCAUCACCAGGGUGUUCAACAUCCGUACACCGACACUUGUGCUGACCGCACUGGACGACCCGAUCGUCGGCGGCGACGAGCAGGCGCUGCCGCUCAAGGAGACCACGCUGCAGCCGUACCUGGUGACGGUGUGCACGACGCUGGGCGGUCAUUUGGGCUGGUUCCGCUGGAACAACGAGCGGUGGUAUGCGCGGCCGCUGAGCAGGUUUCUCAACGAGUUCCACGCGGCACAGCUGGGCAAACCGUGUGUGGACGCGCGGUUUCUUCCUGUUAAAAAAAGAGUCGUUAACGACACGCUACUCUAGCUAGAAACGAGUGUGAAAAUGCAAUAAAUAAUGAAUAGUAUGUGAGUU